CGUAUAUAGGUACUUGGGCAGGCACGUUCAAGGUAUCUCUCAACUUAAUUCUAUGCUGUGUCACCACUUCAACUCCGUCACCAUAACAAUAACACCAUAAUCUCCUAUGCCUAUGGACCAUCUUUCCAUUCGACGCGAGUCCGAACCACAUUUGCAAUGUGGCUCGCACCCAAAAGGCGACGUAUAAUUCUAGACUUCUCGAGUCUACUCCUACUAGUAGCGAACCAUGCGAUAGCCCAGUCCGAUUCCAUUACCUCGACUACCCAUGAUGUUGCGAAACCUGCAGCCUCGGGCGCUGCGACUGCUGAGCCGACAUGCGAAUCGAGGACGGUGAAUUACAUCACCCAUACCCUACCACAACUAUGUCUCACCACAUCUCCCUCGCCGUAUUCUUCCGCCUCCGAGCCCUCUAGCGCUACCGUCGCUUCUGCUGCCGACCCGACGCCUGGCCCUGGCGAGAAUGGUAGUACCGUCGAUCAUGAAGAGCUCGACGAAGACGGGAACGAUCUCAGCACAGGUGCCUUCAUGUCAUUCGAAGAAUGGAAGGCCAUGAUGCUUGAGAAGUCCGGACAAGAGGCACUAGAACCAAGACAUCGCAAGAGCAAAGAAACACAUGGCGAGGCCUACCCCGGGGAAGACUUCGAUAGCCUCGGCGAUGAAGGCGAGGUGUCGCUCGAUUUCGACGCAUAUUCGGAUAAGAUCUCCGAGAUCACAUCGUCCACAAAACCGUCGCAGAAGGACAAAGAGAAGGAGAGGCAGGUCGAGAAGGUGACCUAUGACGAGGGGUUGACCCAGGGAUAUCGGAGUAAAGAUGCUGGGAAAACAAGCAAGGAGAGAUUCUCGUACGCCUCGUUCGACGCUGGCGCUACCGUCAAGAAGGCAAGUCCAGGGGCUAAGAAUCCUAAGGCUAUUCUUGUUGAGAAUAAGGAUUCAUACAUGCUCUUGGAAUGUUCCAUGAAGCACAAGUUCGUCAUUGUCGAGUUGAGCGACGAUAUUCUAGUCGAUACUAUCGUGUUGGCCAAUUUCGAGUUCUUCUCGAGUAUGAUACGCCAUUUUCGAGUUAGUGUAAGCGACCGCUAUCCCGUCAAGUUAGAAAAAUGGAAAGUGUUGGGCACAUUCGAAGCCCGUAAUUCCAGAGAUAUCCAACCUUUCUUAGUUGAGAACCCCCAGAUCUGGGCCAAAUACGUGCGCAUCGAGAUCCUAAGCCAUUAUGGUAAUGAGUACUAUUGCCCCAUGUCAUUGCUACGAGUCCAUGGCACACGUAUGCUCGAUUCAUGGAAAGAGGCUGACCCCGCCGACCUUGAUGCUGAAGAUGAUGCUACUAAGACGAUCCAUGAAGGCUCCGAGGAAACCGUCGAGGUAGCUGAACCCCAACCUGAGGUUGAAGUGGCCGAGGUUCUUGAGUCUAAGGUUGAAUCGAUAAAUCUAGAGCAGAGUGAUUUGAUACCCUACUGGGACGAAUCAUAUUUCUAUUAUUAUUUCCCUUCCAACUCGACUUGUGCGCUUAGCGAAGCGGGAGAGCUUGCUAAGAAUGAAAACCAUGAAAGCACAACCGCGGAUCAAACCCAAUCCGCAGCGGCAGCCGAACAGACAAUUUCAGUCAAUCCAAAUACGGCCUCGUCGGGAGCUUCGACGUCCAAAGCCGUCGAAUCAAAAGGGUCUUCAUCGUCUAGCGUUUCCAACGAAGCGUCAGUAAGCACAGAUGCCGCAAACUCAACUGAAUCUAUACCAACCUCUACACCGUCCCCGGAUCCACGCUCGGUCACCGAAACCUCCACAAUACCCUCCACCACAGCCUCAUCCUCGAGUCCCGUAAAGACACACUCGCCUCCCUCGAGGGGUAAGACAGCCGCACCCACAUCCAUAAAACCACCAUCCUCACGAACCGCUGUCUCCAAAAACCAACCAUCGGGUUCCCCCUCCGUACCGCGCAACAAAACCACAACCACGACAUCCUCCGCCGCCCCCUCCCCCACAGUCCAGGACUCAUUCUUCAAGGCGCUUAAUAAACGCAUUCAAGCACUCGAGUCCAACACAACUUUAUCCCUCCAAUACAUCGAAUCGCAAUCCCGCUUCCUCCAAGAAGCACUAGCCCGACUAGAACGCCGACAGGUCGCCAAAGUAGACCUCUUCCUCGACACACUCAACAACACCGUCCUCGGCGAACUCCGCGAAGCCCGCGCGCGGUACGACCAAAUCUGGCAAUCAACCGUAAUCGCACUCGAAUCGCAACGCGAGCAAUCCGAGCGCGAAAUCGUCGCAUUAUCCGAACGCCUCGGCGUUCUAGCCGACGAAGUCGUUUUCCAAAAACGCAUGGCCAUAGUGCAAAGUUUAUUACUCCUAGGCUGUCUCGUGCUAGUAAUAUUCUCCCGCGGCGGAAUCGCCUCCGCCGCCGUAGAUUCCGCGUACGCGUAUUACCCAACACAAUUCCUAUCCGGCACUUCCCCAUCCUCGCGAUUCGCCGCCUCCCCUCUAUUCUCCCCAACCACACCAAGGGGUCCGCCGCAGCAACAACAUAGCAUGAAAACCGGUCCCCGCGACCAUAGUCCCAAUACCAGCCUCCUCUCCGUCACCGACGCUACACCACCAACGCAUUUACGCCGUAGCCCAAGCCGAACCCCCGACUCCGCAUCCUCGACCUCCCUCCGCCAUCGACCAAGACGAGGCUCCAGAGCCGGCGCAGAAACCCCCGAAUCCGAAACAGGUAGUGGUCGCCGGCGUCCGUCGCCUAAUAGAGCCUCGACCGAACCCGCAUCCACGAGCAAUUACUAUCGAGCCCCCGCUACGCCGUCAAGCGUCGAGAUAGGAUACGAUUCAGAACCCGCUCUAACGCCCGUCAGGAGUAGAGGAGGUGGGGACGGAGUAGAAGAAUUAGAUGGAGACGGCGAUGAGGAUAGGGAAUACUACGCUACAGGCGGGGAGUCGUCGAGUUAUUCAGAGAUACUAGCUAGAAAGUCAGAGAGGCAGUUGACGCCGUCUUUAGGGGCCGACAGUGUAGAAUACGCUCCUCUAUCGAGCAGACCACCUUUGACUCACUCUACGUCAGCGCGAAAGCCCCUUCCUGCUUUACCGGAGGAUCCUGAUUAGUAUACAUUCAUGUACGUUUCUUAUAGAGGCUAGCUCGGUUAAUGACUACACAUGAAUUAAUGACAUCACAAUUAGAAUGAAGUUUGUAAAUG